AUGGACACGAAAGUGGAGAGGAGAUCACAGUCAUCGUUUGCGGCGUUGUCUCUCGUGGAAGAAGCCCGCGCGACGCUCACAAAUUACGUAUAUAGGAAAGGCUUGCGACUUUCUAACUUGUCGCAGGAGAAAUACACCAGCGGAGAGAUUGUCAACCAUAUGGCAGUGGAUAUCCAGAGGGUUCUCGACUUCUUGUAUAUGCACGAUAUCUGGAUUUUACUGCUUCAGGUGGCGUUGGCACUUCUUAUUCUAUACCAGAAAGUCGGGGUUGCUGCGAUAGCUAACGUGGUUGCGACGCUGGCUUCGGUGGCUAUCAACACUCCGUUUACCUCCUUGCGAGACAAGUACAAGGACAAGAUCAUGGAGGCCAAGGACGCCCGAUUGCGACCUACAACGGAGUGCUUAAAGAGCAUGAGGAUUCUCAAGGUGCAAGCUUGGGAGAAGGCCUACCUGCAGAAACUGGAAGCCUUGAGUGGCUGGUUGAAGAAACCGUUCUUGACGCAGGCAGCUAUAAUUUUCCUCUUCUGGACAAAUCCAGUGGUCACUUUUGGUACUUGUGUAAAAAUACCUCUGAUCACUGGGAAAGUUCUUUCAGCGCUGGCCACCUUUAGAGUUUUACAGGAGGCGCUCACAGCUCUACCUGACUGUAUUUCAACUCUGUCUCGAACAAGAGUUUCGCUGAAUCGGCUGAGUAAGUUUCUUCACGAGCCAGAGCUUCAGGCGGAUGCUGUUUCUCGGACAAAUGACCAAGAUCCUACAGUAAUUCUGGUGGAAGCAGCAGACAUCAGUGAGUGGAUGUCUAGAAGGGACGACAGUUUCGGUUUGCGGAAUGGUUGGUUCCGAAGUAAAUACUAUCGUGUGCUGGAGAUGUGUCAACUCAAAAGAGAUCUGGAAAUUCUUCCAUUCGGAGAUCAGACAGAAAUAGGUGAGAGGGGCGUCAACUUGAGUGGCGGCCAGAAGCAAAGGAUGCAACUUGUUCGUGCACUGUAUCAGGAUGGUGAUAUCUACCUACUUCACGAUCCUUUUGAUGCUGUGGACGUGGAAACUGGUACUCAAAUAUUCAGGUUUACAAGGGCGUAUAUUGGUGAGUAUGCUGCUGUUUCAAAUCUUUCAAAUUGCGUCAGACUGGUGAAUGGCUCAGCGACGGCUGUAUCUCCACAGUUUGAUCCUAUUCGGUUGAUCAUCGGAUACGGAGGAUUUUUCGCUUGGAGCAUCGCUGUGAGUCUGGUGAAUUCCAGUGAAUUCCGUUUGGAGCAUCGCUGCUUGGGGGCCUUGCGUUCUCAGGAGUAUAGCUUUUCUACAUUGUGGGAGUUAUGUCUCAAGCAGUUUGGAGUCUUAAUCGUUUUUGCUCCUGUGUCUGUUUUCUGUAUCUUGCUACGGGUAAAUCUCGUUUUCAAUCAACACCUCUGUCCUAAUGAGGUUGUAUUUAUUUGCAGAGAUAUUACAUAUCGUCAGGCAGGGAGCUUUCCAGGCUUUAAGGCAUCCAGAAGGAUUGACCACUUUGCGGAAUCUAUUGCAGGAGCUCCGACAGUACGAGAGGAAGAGCGUUUCAAGCACAGGAUCAACACGUCUGCUCGAGUCUAUCUCUACUCGGCUGCAGCCAUGGAGUGGGCUUCUAUGAGGCUAGAACUCCACCCCCAACCAUUCAGGCCAUAUUCCGAGCCAGCCAGUGGAAAGAGCGUGAUUGACCGUGUGGACGAUCUCCGAUCCAAGCUCAGCAUCAUUCCACAGGAUCCAGCGCUGUUCGACGAGUCAAUUGUUCUGCCUAUGCGAAAACAAGCCCCUGUUUUGGUACUGGACGAGGCCACCACAUCCGUGGACAGCGCUACUGUUAUCAACAUCGCUCACCUACUGUGGUGGACAGCGACUAAGUAG